UUUGAAGGGUUCUUUGAACUACCCUUAUCUUCCCUGAAUCAAAGGCGUUUGUCUAUAUCCUGGGCGCUGUAUGACUUGAAAGUUGUGUGCUUCGUGAAUCCUUUCGAGGGAAGUUUCUUGGUGAGGGGCUUUUAAUCCAAGGAACUAGAUUUACUCUCCCCUUGGGUCAGCUCAGGUGCUCUAUGAUCCCUGUGAGUUUCUAGUUUCUCAGCUGAAUAUAAAAAUAAAAAUACAAUGAUAAUGAUGAUGAUCCUUGUGAAUAUAUCGACUUUCUACUAUCAUGCUUUAAAAUAUCUAAUUUGAUGUAGGCUUAAUGGUAUUGGCAGGGAAGCAGCCUACCUAGGCAGCAACUAAUGCCUAGUGUGAUUUUUAUCCUUCACUCUGGCACAUUGUACAGUAUAUUUGGCUAAUGUGCAAGUCCGGUCCUUUUGAGAACUUUCACAAUAUUUUAAUUUAAUAAAUAUAAGGAAGGUCAAGGUAUCUACUCCAACAAACAUUGUUAUUUCUUGUUUUUUUCGGAGAUAAUAUAUAUGACUCGAAUGCCGCAUCAAGACCAGUCUGUGGUUUAUAUGGAGGCAGUUGACACACAGGCAGUUACAGCGAACGUAAAUAAAAAUACGAGUUUCCUAUCGACCGCUGGCGGAGUGCGGGUGUGUGAGGAGAGCUUCACAGAACACUACGACAGCCGCACCCUCAGUGAGAACACCAUCUUCAACAUGUGCAUGGAGUACCUGCCCGACGAUUGCCACGGAUACGACGCUCACAACUAUCAGACUUACAGCCACGACACCAAAUACGACAUCAGCUACGCUUACUCCAGUAACGACCUGGCCGCUAGACUCCUUGAGCUCCGCCACCUGAGGGAUCGCCCCUUCUCAUACCCUGUCUACGUAAACAUUACCAUCCCGGCAGAUUUUGAGCUCCUAACUCUUCCUCACGACCCGUACUCCAGUCGUGAUAUAUUCAACAUCACCUACGAGAUACGGGGAGUUAAUGAGUCUGUACUGGUGCCAGAACUAUCUAGUUAUGCCUACCUGCAACACUGCAAGUACAACGGCUUUCCCGAACUGCACCUCAAGGAAAAUGG